GGUUGCUGACGCAGAUAUGUGUGAGAGUGAAACACAUGUAACAUUACCGGCUUUCUGUGAGGAUCCGGCUUUCGUUUUCUCCGUCAUACUGAGAGUGGACCUGUGUGAAGCUGAGACUGUGGUCUUUCAGUCCGGUGUAAACAGCAGCAGCUUCGGAUAAAACCGCUUCAGUAACUGUUCGCCUCCAAUAAGGCUAACAGUUAUUAGCAUUGAUAGCUGGUGAACUUUCACCAGACUGACGUUCAACCUCAUCCCAUUCGAGGAAGCUAACGUUAUAGCUAAAUGCGAAUGUGAACUCUGAACUCCACAGGGGCCAAAUUUCGGGGAAAAGAGUGCGUUAGGUAACUGUAGUCCUGUCUGAUUAGCCACCCGACUUCCGUGUGUCGUUCGAGGUCAUUCUAUAGCCCUCAUCCAAGACAGGCAGCUGUUAUCCGGAUCCUAGUCAUGAAGAGUCUCCCGUAUUUCUGCCGUGGAGAGGUCAUUCGAGGAUUUGGGAGAGGAAGCAAAGAACUCGGUAUUCCCACAGCCAACUUCCCAGAUACUGUGGUGGACAAUCUUCCAACAGAUAUCAGCACAGGGAUCUACUACGGCUGGGCCUGCGUGGGUAAUGGUGAUGUCUACAAAAUGGUGAUGAGCAUCGGUUGGAAUCCUUAUUAUAAAAAUACCAAGAAAUCUAUGGAGACUCAUGUGAUUCACAAAUUCAAAGAAGACUUUUAUGGAGAAAUUCUCAGCGUGGUCAUGGUGGGCUACAUCCGUCCAGAAAGAAGCUUUGACUCACUUGAAGCCCUCAUUGCGGCAAUCAACAGUGACAUUGGGGAGGCAAAGGGGAAGCUGGAGCUUCCAGAGCAUCGCAAGCUGAAAGACGACAACUUCUUCACCAGCAUGGCCAGCUCAUCUUCGGUCCUGCCCACCACCACCAGCCCAUCCACAUCACAGACUAUUAUGAACGGUCACUAACAGCUGGCUAGGACAGCAUUGCUUUGUGCGUACACUCACACAGACAAGAACUACGCAAAGGUUUAUGUAAAUGCACAGCCUUGUUCUGAAAUCUGUCCGCUGUCGCCAUGCAUGCACAUGGACCUGAUCACAAGCAACCAAUCAUUUUUUUUAUUCUGUUUUUCUUUUAGAAACUUUGUCAGUGUUUCUGUGUAAAGAGCUGUUUAGCAGUCUAAUUAUGUCUGCCUCUCCUCGGCUUUGCUGUAUAUUUGGAAUCUUUUACUAGAGUAGGCACUAAAAACAUACCUUGGGAUUAAGGUAAUCACAACUACUGCAGAGACAAUUGUGUAAUAAUUUGUGUAUAAAAGCACAAAUUGACUGUCAAGUCUAAGUUGUCCAUUUAGCUGUGGUUGGGAAUACAUGACUUAUCUUUUUUUCUGCUUCAGUGACAGUUAGAGAGAAGGUCUGGGCAUUAUUAUCUGCAACAGAGACACAUAUGGAUGGCAUUAUGCAACUUUGGGCUCUUUGCAAGUUCUUGGUUUUCCAAUUUUUCUCCUUUCACAUUCCUCUUUAGAAAAGGGGGAAGUGAAUGGACACUACCCUAAAAUUUGCCUUUUGUUAUGACACUGCCCUAAAACUCUGUGAAACUUUGACACUGGGCCAGAAAUUCAGUUUUGUUUAAAUGCAGGAAGGAAAUUGUUACAAUAGCUAUUUAUUGAAAGAAAUGUUUGCCUGAAACGCAGUUUAAGAAAAGGCUUUUUUUUUUUUUUAAUUAUUAUUAAUUUAAUCUGGAUUUAGGUAUCACUUAACUUUCUUGCCAUGAUCAGCCCUUUUAAUCAGUAAUGAAUGGUAGAUGAAGAACACUAAGGCUGAGGACAGCUUUAUGCAUGAGUUGUGGGUUUGUUUUUUUUCUUUGUUUUUUUUUUUAAGCUUUUUCAUUUUAGUCUCUGUGAGUUUGUUCCAGAUAGAAAAACACUGACAGAUGAGAUGCUAAAGAAGGAAAUCUCUCAGAUCCUGUUUGGUAUUCCUGUAUUACAUAUGGAACUGUUCAACAUAAAUUUAUACCAUUAAAAUGGGAGAAUUUGGAAAGGUAAAAAGUAAAGCAAGCACAUUAUUCUUAGUAUCUAAAUCUGUCACAAAGUUAAUGUAUUCAUAUUCAGAAACUGUUAUCAAAGCCCUGACUGAGAAGUAUAUCUUUACAGUGAUGCUAGGCCUGUGUGUGUGUGUGUGUGUGUGUGUGUGUGUGUGUGUGUGUGUGUGUGUGUGUGUGUGUGUGUGUGUGUGUGUGUGUGUGUGUGUGUACACCUGUUAGGCUUUUCCAGUGAAUGAGUGUCUGCAUUUAUUUGAAACCCUGAAAUUUUUAUUUUAAUUGAAGAAAUGCGGAAGCCUAUUGAUGUGAUUUCAGCUUGUAAAAUUAUUUUGUUAUAUUAGUUUAUUAAAGUGUUGUUUAGGGAGUUAGAUGACUGCAUUUUAAUGAAUGCUGACAUUUGUCAUGUAACGAGCCACUCAGAUAGUUUUGCUGGUGAACUGCCUUUUAGGAGUUUCAUUUCUAAUGGGCGUAAAGGACUGGACUCAUUAAUCGUGCUGCUUUAUGAAGCCUGUCAAAGAUUUUUAUCCCGCCUGCAUCACUGCAGGGCGGUCCAGUGUCUGACAUGUGGCAGUUAUUUAGUUUACACAGGGACCAGAGUUGCUUCAUGUAGUGUUCAAUAAAGCCUAUCCUCUUUUGU